AUGUCCAAUGGUCUUCCUUCCCAAGACGAGUUCCGACUUCAUAACGUGCUACGUGCUCUACCUGAAGCACAAAGGGAUCUGGUAAGUGCCGUAUCCCGCGUGGGGCGCCAGUACGUGAAGGAUUUGGACGACCAAUGCAUCGGGGUAUUGGAUAUUGAGCGAGAUGAGGUAUUAGAGAGACUGGACAGAGUGCGGCACACUUAUGAGGUUAUCAAAAGUUCAGACGUAACUGCGCGCAUACAAAAAGUUCACCAGAUAGAGGAAGAUUUGGGUGAAAUAGCGGCCGGGCUUGUGGAUUCCCAGGAGCGUAUCGACCGACUAAUUGACAAGAUCAAAAAGAUCGAAAAGACAUCGCGGCAGAAGGACCGGCUGUUUGACCCAAAAACGUUCCAUGUUGGCCACUACCGAGAAUUAUACAAGUAUGGGAUGCAUAACGAGCAUAAAGAGAUUAAUCCAUUAAAAGAGCAGCAGAUCUUGAAUCUGGAGCAGGAAAUUAUUGAGUUGCAACGAGAACGGUCCAGCAGCAUCAGCGGGAUCCACAAUCCGACCCACUUGCUCGUUCACGAGUCGCCAGUGACCGAGAUAUCUGAAACGACAGCCACUGCUCCGUCGCAGAAGUUCAACGAGGACGUUUCCAAAACGCUGCGUGGCUACUUCAAGUGA